UCUUUAAGAGAAUUGAAGCUGUCGACUCACAUCAAAGAAUUGCCUCUAUCAAUUGGGGAUCUCACGUCCUUGGUGGAAUUGAACGUUUCUAAAACUUCCAUCAGAGAACUGCCUUCUUCAAUUGGGAAUCUCACGUCCUUGGUGAAAUUGAACGUUUCUGAAACUCUCAUCGAAGUAUUGCCUCUGUCAAUUGGGAAUCUCACGUCCUUGGUGGAAUUGGACGCUUCUAAAACUCUGAUGGAAGAAUUGCCUCUGUCAAUUGGAAAUCUCAAUCGCCUUUGCCGUUUAUUUCUAAAAGGAUGUGCAAACCUUACAAAUGUGCCGCACGGUGUUUACGGAGGGCUGCAACAUCUAGGAUGGCUAGACCUCUCUUGGUGCCCAAAGCUGGUUACAUUUCCAGGUAGGGCGAGCGCUUUGGUUUCAUAUAAUUCAAACAAUGGGCGUCUACGAUUGUUUCCCCAGCUAUGGCGUCUACGAUUUGAAGGAUGCCAAUUAUCAGUGGUCUCUGAUUUCCUAACGAAUCUUGACUGUGCGUCCAACUUACGGAGACUUAAUCUAUCAGGAAGCAGUUUUGAUAGUCUUCCGGCAUGCAUCAGCAAAUUCAGCAGCUUGUAUUAUCUUGAUUUAAGUGGUUGCAAGAGGCUUCGAGACAUUUCAGAACUUCCACUAAAUAUAGAAUGGAUAAACCUGGAUGAUUGCGUAUCGUUGGAAAGAUUUUCAAAAUUGUCAAAUAUACUGGAACAGAAAGACACUCCGGGAGGUCUUCGCGGGAUCCACUUGUCUAAUUGCAAUAGACUGAUGGAUAAUCUUGGCAUGGACGUGGUGUCGAAGAUGGCAAAAGCAUUACCGUAUCAGCUGGUGCAUGCCGGCUUACAUCAGCAUGUGAAGUGCUGGAAUCUUAUUCUUCCAAGCCUCCAGGAAAUUGAAGUUCCAAAUUGGUUUGAUAGGGGUGAGGUGGACACAAGUGUGCUUCCUGGUCAUCGACCUUUUGAUAUAUGUGAAAUUUUGAUAAAAAUCCCCAGGAAUCUGAAGGCUGAGAGAAUAGGAUUGGUUGUCUGUGUUAUUUUUGAACUUACCCAAGAUUUCUUAGAUGAUCCUGAUGCUGAUGGUUGUUGUGUGAGGGUUGUGAUUGAUAAAAAAGUGUAUCACUCUACUUGCCACUUUUUAAAAGCGACAGAGUCAUCAGCUCAAGAUCAUGUAUUAGUGCAGCUGACAUGUAUUGCUUUCAAGGAGCUAGAGGUGUUGGAUCCUGUGGUUCGAGUGUCAUCUUAUGCGUUUUCCUGCCCUGCCAGAGGGUUGCUCCUAAAAAGUUUCGGGGUCCACCUGGCUAAUAUGAAAGAGGAUCAUGUAAGUGGUGAAGACCUGGCACGAGAAAGAUAUAGGCAGAGCAAUGCUAGCAUUUCUGAUCAGGUGGCUUUGCACGCAGAAGGGGCAGCUGUAGCAUCAUUAGUAUCAGAUGACAGCAAUUACGGGGAAGUACACGAUGAUCAUCACAAUGGGGACAAGAACGAGAACGAGAACAGGAACCUCAUCGUCCAACAAAAAGAUUGAAGACAUGGCAAGACAAAAAAAUAUAGGCAGACUGGCAGAGCAAUGUUAGCAUUUUUGAGGUGCUUUGGAAUUACCUGCUUGUGAUUUUGGUCACGCACAAGGUUCAGCUAGCUCUAGUAUAAUCAUCAUCAAGUACCGAUUGAGGCCUUGAAGUACACUAGGAUCGAUCAUUAAUACUUGGAUUUCAGAAGAAGAUUUUCUUUUGCCAAAGUUGAUCCCGAAAGAUGGCAAUUGAUGGUGAGAGGGGCAGAGGCACCAAUUAAUCUGGACUCAUGUAAUGGUCAAAUCUCGAUCAAUCCACACGAACAAGGCUGGGUUUGUUCUUCAAUUUCAAUUUGUGUUUGCUCAUUGGUUGUCUGGCGUUUUACUUAUUUUUAAUUUUUAUCUCUGGGCUUUUAAUUGGUAUUGUUUGCUGGCUUUUAGUGCGCUCUGUUUGUUACAAGUGAGAGUGAUAUAAUGCUAUAUAUCUUCAAACACUGGACUCAUA